GGUGCAGAAGGUAGAAGGGGGCUGGGUGGGGGGGUUGGGGGCAGAGGGUAGGAAGAUGGGGUAGGAAGGAGACUGUAUGGAGGACAGUGGGGGUGGGAAGGGAACUGGCUGGAUGGGGUUGGAGGGGUGGGUUAAAGGUAGCAGGGAAUUUGGCUGUAUAGGGGAAAGAGUGUUAUGGUGUAGCAGAAACCAUGGGGAAAAUGGAGAGUGUGUCUUGUGAUGGGGGUUGUUUCUCUGGGUUGGGAACAGGAGAAGUUUAGAAACAUGGUCUGGUUAAAAUCCCAUAGUUUAAAAACCAACCAAGCCUCACUGUUCUGGAUCUCCCUGCGAUGAUUAAACUAAGGGGGGCUGACCCCCUAAUUUCCCUGCUUCCUUUUGGGGUUGGGUUUACUCUGCAAGUCAAUGGAGAUGGCUUGUUUCAUACUGUGGAUCUCGUGCCACAGCCCAGGGGUGCAAUGUGUGGGCUGGAAAUGCUGCAGGGUGGUUUGCAUUUAAUUGCAACCCUUUUGGAGCUUAAACCUUUGAAAGAAGAGUUGCUGGGUGGGAGGGAUAGGUUCUCUGAAGGCCCAAAGGGUUUGAAUACAGAGAAGCGGUGGCUGUAGCUCGUUCACGUGGUGGGGGAAGAUGGAGGCUGGUGGAGAAGCUGGUUGCAGCAAAGCUACCAGACUGUCAAAGAGAAGUCCACGGAAGCAUUGGAGUUCAUGAAGCGGGACCUGACUGAGUUCACCCAGGUGGUGCAGCAUGAUACAGCAUGCACUAUUGCUGCCACCGCCAGCGUGGUCAAGGAGAAACUGGUUACGGAAGGCUCCUCGGGCACAACUGAAAAGGUGAAGAAAGGACUCGCAGACUUCCUGGGUGUCAUCUCAGACACAUUCGCUCCUUCCCCAGAUAAGACCAUCGACUGCGAUGUCAUAACGCUGAUGGCAACACCCUCUGGUACUACAGAACCGUACGACAGCACCAAGGCUCGUCUCUACACCCUGCAGUCGGACCCAGCAACCUACUGCAACGAACCGGAUGGCCCCACUGAGCUCUUUGAGUCCUGGCUCUCACAGUUUCACCUAGAGGAGAAGAAAGGGGAGAUCUCGGAGCUGCUGGUGACCAGCCCCUCCAUCCGGGCUCUCUACACCAAGAUGGUCCCAGUGGCUGUUUCUCAUUCUGAAUUCUGGCAGCGCUACUUCUAUAAAGUCCAUCACCUGGAGCAGGACGAGGUUCGGAGGGAAGCUCUGAAGCAGAGGGCGGAGCAGAGCGUGCAUCGCGAGGAGCCAGGUUGGGAAGAGGAAGAGGAGGAAUUUUUGGGGAUGUCGCCCCUACCUUGUGUGAAUUUGAAAUCUCCAGAAGUGGGAAAGCAAACAACAUCUGUCCCAGCAGCAGCUGCUCCCCCAACCCUGGAGGAAAGUCCCAUCCCCAGCAUAAAGGAGCCAGCAGAGGAAAGCUGGUUUGGUCUUGCUGCAGUCCCAGUCCCAGCCCAGGUGACCCCGUCUGAGAGCAGCGAGAGUGUCUCCCUUGUGACUCAGAUUGCAAACCCUGCCUCUGUGCCUGAUGCACAGUUACAGACUGGAGCACAGCUGUCUGGGACCAGGGACCUCUCCCAAAGGUUACUGGAAGCUACUUCUGAAGAGCAGGGCUCCCAGCCAAAACCAGCAGAAUCUGCACAUCGUCCUACAGCCACUCAAGAGCUGGCAGUGUCUUCAGAGCAACUGGGCCCUGCGGGGCUCAAGGAGCAGACAGAGAGCAAGCCAACGGGCCAGAUAAAGACUCUGAAAGAGGAUGGGCUGACAGAUUUACGAGUCUUUGAGCUGAACUCCGACAGUGGAAAAUCCACUCCCUCCAACAAUGGGAAGAAAGGCUCCAGCACCGACAUCAGUGAGGACUGGGAGAAAGACUUUGAUUUGGACAUGACAGAAGAAGAAGUGCAGCUGGCGCUCUCGAAGGUGGCGGUGUCUGGAGAGCUGGAAGAUGAAGAAUGGGAGGACUGGGAAUAAGGCGAUUGCUUCCUCUGUGUGUGUCACAGGCUCAUUCCCACCAUCCAAUGUGAAUUAAAUCACAGAUCGACUAUUCCUUUCGUGUGUAACUGUGCUGGGGUUUUCGGUUCCAGGCUGGAAGAGUUCCAUCCCUGCUAAAUCCUAGGGGUAGCUCAAACUCAUGACCCAUUCAGAUGCUGGAAGAGGUAGUAGCGGGUGUUACACUCAUAUGCAUAGGGGUGCUAGGGAGGGGGGUCCAUCUUCUCAUAGGUCCUAGAGACCAACAGAGUUGAAACUGGCUGCCAGAUUGAGGCCUGGGGUGGUGGCAGGUCAGGUGGGGCCAGCGGGGCCCUGGGAUCGAACCGGACACUCAAACACCUGGCGGGAUUGGUCUGCAUUGGCAGGAUGUCAGUUUGCUGACUGUCUACUUGUGUGUGAAUAUAACCUACAGUACAGCCGUUUAGAAGGUUCCUCAGUGUGAAUUGUUCCUGUUGCUCAUUACCCCAGACCAGACUUACUCUGAGAGAGACCCCCAAAGUGGGACUGACGAGAGGCUGGAGAUGCAGCACUGGAAGCCCCUUUGUAUUGCUACACUUGCCACUGUGAGGAAAGGCAAUUGGCUGGAGGCUUUGAUCUAGAGCCAGGCUUCUCUAGAGGGAACUAAAUGUCUCUCUGCCUCUUCCUGAACCAUAGCCUGGCCUGUUGUCUUAAAAGCUGCUACAGAAAUCCCGGCACUUCCUUCUGUUUUCUUGGGAUGCAGCUUUUCAGUUGUAAACCCAAACUCCCAGCUGCGGGAGCAGCAGCCUGCCUCUGAAGGGAGUCACUUCACCAUCCCCCGCUCUAUCUGCACUGCCUCUCUGCUCUGCUGGGCGAUGAGCACUUUUAUUUGUCGUCCUUAAUUCCUCAGGCAGCAUCCUGAUGCUUGUAGUUUUUCUCCUGAAUGGUCUUUUCUGGACAGGUAGUGGACCUGGGUCAGACCCAGGGCAGAACUGCCCCUGUCUGUGUGCACCAGCCUCUCGGCUUGGUCACUUAAAAAGCCCAAUGUAGGUAUGGUGGCCACGACUUCAACAUCAGCCUUUGCCAGCAGGUCCCACCACUCUUUGCUGUUUUGUGUAAAGCAGGAGGCAAAAGCAUCUUGCACAACAGAUGGUACCUGGUGGCAGGGACUGGUCACUGUAGCUACUGACUUCGCUGCUUGAAUCCCUCUCCUGAAAUCCACCCCUCCCUUUCACCUCCUUGGCAGGACCUGCCUGUCCCCCAUGCACUCCAAAUAUUGCUAGAUCAUCUCUGCUCCUAUUCAGCUGAGCCCCCUGCAAGGCUUCAACUCCUCGCACCCCUGUUGACUGCUGCAGACCCCUUUUCGGUCUGUGGUCUCUGUCCGGGGUGGGAGGGGAGUUCCCUUCUUUGUCCUUCUGAUCUGUCACAAAAUGCUGCUUCCCAGUGGAUGUCACCAGUACGCAGUUAUUUUAAAGGGACAGCGUGUACCCCCUGUCUCUGGCCUUCAGAGUAUUGGUUUUAUCCAUAGUUUCUUUAGGUCAUUCUGCUUCUUUAAGGGCCAAUUUACUGGGCCUGUGGGUUUCCCUAUAUUUUUAGACAGCACUAGCCUUCCGGGGCCUUGGAGUGUCAAUUUUCCCAUGGGGAGAUUCUCCAGUGGCAGCAGCAGCUGAUGUAGGUGCAUUGAAAGUGGCUGUGUGAUCCAGAUACCUGUCUGAGAGCCUGUCUGUGCCACAAAGCCCACCAGGUCCAGGGACCAGCCUACAGCAUGACUCCAGCUUGUCAUUGUAGAAUUGAUUCAAAGGGUCUCAGCCAUGCUACAGCCUAGCUCUCCUAGGCUACGGUACAUCUCAGGGACACAGGAAAAAUGCAGCUAGGUCCCCUCUCUACUGAGAUGGAGCCAAGUCAGGAGACAUCCCUGUCGUAACUAGGUCCCCCAAUGUAGUUAGACCCUUGUGUAGCUGGGCCCUUUGCCAGGAGACUGGUGUCUAUCUGGACGUGUCUGAGACCAUGUCGUUUGCGCUUCGUGCUGCGCCUAGCGAGGACCCCGUUGUAUAUACUCCAGUCUCAUUUAAAGGUAUGGUUCCCAGCUGGAAGCUCAUGUCCCAAGGUUGGAGGUGGGAGAAAGCGUGGAGCUUGCCUUUCUCUUUGUAACUCUCUCUUUUUCAUUAGUUAAUUAACCUCUUGGUUAUUUGUGCAAUAUUCUCUAUUUUAAAUUAUACUGCAUCUCCUGGGAGCAUUUUAUAGCUGGGCAAAAGAGAGAUUCUAACAGCCGUUAGUUUUGUAAUGACAACUUUCUCCUGAACCUUUUACAGACUUGCAGUUAACAGAAAUUAAAGGAAUUCUACAGAAUCA